AUGACUGAACCUAAACAUAGCGAUGAUUUUGAUUCAUCUCUCACCGAGCUACCAUCCAGUCUUCCUUUACCACAUAGUAAAUAUUCAACAAAAACGACAACAUACGGUAAAAUACGUAUUGAUUUAAAAAAUAAAUCAAGUGAACGUCUUUUAAUUGAAAAAUUAUAUGAACGGUAUAAUCCGACCAGUGAAAAAAAUCGUCAAAUCGAAGAACAAUUGUGGUCAUUUCUUGAUAAAGAUAUAAUAGACAAUAAAAAUAUCGAUUAUUUUGGUCUUGAUAAUGCACAUUAUCGCAAUUUAACAUUUGAUAAAGAUUUGAAAAUUCCACAGAACGAACAAGGUCAGCGAUUAGAUCAACAACAAUUAGAUGAAAAUAAAGUUUUGAGCAAAGAAUCACACAAGAAAAAAAAAUCGAGACAUAUUAAAAAACCAGAACAAACGGAGAAUUAUAUUGAUCAAAUGGCAUUUCCCGAAUUAAUGGAGAAAACGAAAAUCAAACAGCAGCAACAAGUACGACAAAGUGAUGCGACUAAUAAACAAUUAAAAAACGAGAAAUUUAA